AUGGACAAAAGGGUCUCAAUGGAUCUCGACAGUGCGCUGGCGGAAGUUGCUCUCUGGCAGAGUUCCCGAAGUUGCUCUCUGAGGAGGUCCAGUGCAUACCGGCAAACGGGCAAGAUUUCCGCGCGAGGCAGGUUCCAGCGCGCAGUGCAGGCGGUCAUUUUCACGUCGAACCUCAGAGAUGUUGCCACGGAAGACGACAGCGAUCCUGACAUCGGGUCCCUGCUACAGUUCGUCGACGGGAGCCGGCUAGGCGGCCUGCAAGAGGCCUUGGAGGUGAUCCCCAGCACCGAAACCUUGAGCUCCCGCAGCGUCACUCAGGAGCGACCGGAGGGCCUGCAGCAAGCAGGGAUUCCGCAGGCGAGGGCCACUACUGCACGGUCUCCAUCCGCGCCACCGGCGCCGCCCCCGCCGGUGCCAGCCGUGGCGUCGCCUCGAGCCCCGCGGCGCGGCGUGGCGCACGAGGUGGCCGGCAGAUUGUCGGCCAGGCGAGCCCACUUCCCGAGGAGCCGGCAGCCCCAGGAGCCGCUGCCCCAGCUCGGAGGCGGCGCUUCCGCCUCGCAGGGGUUGCCGGCGCCGUGCAGCCCCCGCGGCACCCGAAAGGUUGCCACGACGAACUUCACGCACGCCUUCGCGGAGAGCUUCUCGUCCAAGGUGAAGGCCAACCCAGACAGGCACCCUCUCCUGGUGGCCAUGGCGGAGGGCGACACCGACGGCGCCACGCGCCAGGAGGCCAAGGCUGGCCUCGAGCACGCCCACCUGGCCCACCGCCUGGACGGCCUGCGCUCGGGAGCGCGCGGCUGGCACGUCGAGCACUCUGACCCGCCUCCGCCGCGAGCGCUGGCGAGCCCCCUGGCGCACCAGGAGCCUCUGGGUGCCCUGUCGCCGGGGAGCCUCCAGGGCGCCGGCGCCGGCGCGGCGCCGGCAGCGGCGCACGCAGGCCGGACCGGCGGGCUGCCCCGCUGGGACCUCCUCCCGCAGCUGGUGGACCCCGAGGGCAGCGGGCGGGUGCCCCACGACGUGUUGGUUCCGCUGAUGUACUGGCUGGGCCUGGCCAGGAAGCGGGCCUCGGCGCUGUUGGCACUGGAGACCGCGUUCGGCGCGGGCGACGUCGAGGUAAACAGCCUGCUGUCGCUGAACCAGUACGUGGAGGUGCAGCUUGCGCUGGUCGAGGGCCUGAGGUCGCUCGCUAGAAAGGAGUCCCUGGAGCGGCUCUGCGAGUUCAUGAUGGACAGCGACAGGCUGCGCAUCCGCUCGUGGCUGAGCUCCAUGAGGCGGGAGUCGGACGGCAGAGCCGAUAUCGCGCAGAUACUCGACCUCUUCACCCACAUGGGCAUCGCCGCCGACCGUCAGGCUGUUUUCCGAUUCCUGAGCAGCUUUAAAAACCAGGGCAAGCGUCCAGGUGUUGCCAGGGCCCCCGAGGGCCAGCGGCGGGGGGCCCUGCCUUCGCAGCGCAGCUUCUCGGCGGAGGACCUGGGAGCUCUUCUGUGCAGAUGCUUGGUCACCUGGUGCCUGGCCCGCACCCUGAACCUGGUCGCGCCCAACGGUCCUUCUCGCGCGAGCGAGCAGGACGUGGGGCUCGCGUGGUCCCAACUGCAGAGGAAGAUCUUGGUGUCCCUGCUGGUCAACGAGAGGUUCUGGGGCGCCCACUCGAAGCAGGUCUUGGCCCACCUGCAGCCAGCCGCCAGGUCUCUGGCGGCCGAGGGGCUCUCCGGGGAGCAGUGGCGAUCGCUCUUCCAGCGGGUGCAGGCGCAGGGCAUGGCGUCAUUGCUGCCCCAGGGCGAGGAGGCGGAGGACCCUGGCUACCUGCGGAGGAAGGCGGAGCACGAUGACCUCGCGCUUCACGUUCCGCUCUCCGCCAGAUGA